CAAAAAAAAAAAAAAAGAGAAAAAGAGAUAGAGACUAAAGACUCAGAGUUGCCAAAUCAGUUUAAGAAGCUCUAAUAAAUUACAAAGAGGAACCAGAGAUUAAGAGAUAAACCAUGACAAGAGGGAUACUCGAGGUGUUGCUUAUUGCUGGUUGUGAUUUAAAGAAGGCCCAUUUCUUCGGGAAAAGGAAUCCUUUCGUAAUAAUAAAGUAUGGUUAUCAUAGUCGGACGAGCAAGAUUGCCCAAGGAAAAGGACCGCAUUCGCGAAGGAAGAGGGUAUGGGACGAAACAUUUACAUUUGAUGUCGAGUAUCCAGAUGCUGAACUUAAAAAAGACCAUGAGUUGAAAAUCUCAUUCACGGUCAUGGAGAGAAGUCAUAGUUGUUGCUUCAUUAAGGACACAUUCAUUGGAGAAGCGACGGUUUACAUAAAGGACGUACUGUCGCUAGGAGAAGAAGUGGGAAAAGCUGCAAUAAGACCGACAGAAUACCGAGUUGUCCUCAGUAACAAGGUAUACCAUGGAGAAAUUCGAGUGGCCGUAUCAUUUCGAAAGGUAGAAGAUGAGGAGGAUCAAGAUGUGGAGGACGGAAAGAAAGUUCAAUCACUGAUAAAUGAGUGAAUACUACGUAAUUAACUAUAUAAUUUACGCAUCAGGAAGACCGGGAGAGAGCAUUCUUUCUUUGUUAUAUGAUUAUACUCUAUUUGUUCAUUUGCUUAGGACCAUGCACAUGUGUGCAUAAAUUGUUUCAAAUUUUCUGUAAGUGCCAAUUUGAUAAUGAUUUUUUUUUUUAUCAGUAAGUAAAUGAAUGAUUAAAAAUGAUAUAAGUAAGGGAACUUGAGAUAAAAAGCAGAAGGGUGGCAGAAUAAGGAGAGUAAAACAUCCACCUUUAUCAUAUGUGAUUAAGCUAGAAAAUAUGUAAAAGGUGAUAAUAAUGUUACCAGAAACUGUGACUGGAAAUUUCACCGUAUAAUUCAUGCAUGCGAUUUAAAUAUUUAUUCUAGAUAUUUAUAGCUUAAUUAAUAAAAAUAUGCUCACUUU